GAUCGGCAUAUGCUUGAGACUGAUCUGCCAAACUUAGCUUUUUCUUCUCAUAUUCUUACGUGUAAAAAAAAAAAGGCAUUUCGUUGCAGACAAAAAAGGAUAAAGGGAACAGAGAGAUUGGCCGAAUUAAAGAUCUUGAUGACAAAGCAAACGUCUCAAGUACAGUCAGAUUCUUCUCCCUUUUUCUUCACCUUCUCCUUUAUUUUAUACGAAUCUCCCGGUUUUGCCAUUCUUUAAUUCCGUCUUUAACGUUAUUGAAUAUCCAUUGGUGUCUUCCUCACAAACCCAGAAAGAGAAAAAAUAAGUUAAGCUCUCUCUGAGCUGUAAUGGCGAAAGAGCAGUACAGUUCCACCAUCAUCACAUUCUUCCUCUUCUUCUUGUCUCUGUUUCUUGUCUCAAGCUCCUCUUCUUCUGCAACAAGACAUGACAUGAUAAACCCACCAACUGUCUUCCCUACAAACCCAACCACAACACCUGUGACCACUCCUUCCACUGCACCAGUCACUGUCCCUCCUGUCCUGACCAACCCAGUGACCACAUAUCCCACACCAGUAACCACUGUCCCCGCAGUUUCACCACCUGUUGUCACUAAUGCUCCUGCACUUCCAGGGCAGAGCUGGUGUGUUGCGAGGCCAGGAACGUCUCAGGUGUCUCUUCAAGAAGCUUUGGAUUUCGCCUGCGGGGCUGGAGGAGCAGAUUGCUCGCAGAUACAGCAAGGUGGCAACUGUUAUAUCCCCAACACGAUUCAGAAUCACGCUUCCUUUGCUUUCAACAGCUAUUACCAGAAGAACCCUUCGCCCCAAAGCUGUGAUUUUGGUGGUGCAGCUGCGGUGGUUAACACCAACCCAAGCAGUGGUUCUUGCAUCUACCAGUUGUUUUCACCAACUUCCUCAACAACACCAACACCAACACCAUCAAACCCAAUUGUAACACAACCCGCAACACCAACACCGUCAACUCAAACUGUAACACAACCCGCAACACCAACACCACCAACAACAACGACAACUACACCAACUGGCGGAGGGAUAAUCGGAUCUGCAACUCCUCCACCAGUCUUUAACCCGGCAAACCCUUUGUCAAGUACUCCAACAAAUCCGGCUUCUGGCACAACAUCAGCUUACGGUUAUGAUGGUUCACCUACUACUGGUACCACGUCAGAGUCUACCGGGUCAGGUAUUUGCUUUGAUCAUGUUCUGGUGGCAACUUCAUUACUUGCCGGUCUCCUUGUUCUUUGGAAGUAGAACAACGCACUGAACUGUGUGAAGUAGUUUGGUCUCUAGCUCAUCACAUAGUUUUGCAGACGCUUAAGUCGUGUAAAGCAUCUCCAUAGGAACAUCAUCAGAUUCAGAAGACAGGAAUGUAACGUCGUAAUUUCAUAUGGGGCAACAUGCUUGGUCAAGUUUGGACAGAAAAAACUGGUCAUGUGUCUAGAAAUAGAUUUUCUUUGGACUAAAGCAGAAAAGGUAACGAGACGGUAUAAGAGGUAAUCUUGAUCCCUUUAUAGACUGGAAGAUACUUCACCGUCUAGCUUUCUACAUCUUCAAGAAGUCUAUCUACUUAGCUUAAUUAAGAA